UCGAUAGCUACUCCAGCCGCAGCUGAUACAAUAAAUCGACUUAGAAUGGGGACUCAACUACUUGCAGUUCUGCUGUUAAUGGCAACACUAGCUCAAGGCCAAGGCAAACCCAAUGGAAAUGGAGUCGAGGGCGACGUCGACUACGAUGCCGAGAUGGGCGCCUUUAUGGAUGCCCUGCCUGACCUCGACGACACACCCGCUGGAAUAGGUCAGCGAUCGGACAUCGCGAAGGAGCCGGAGGCGGAUGACAUCCUGGCCAACCUGGACGACGAGUACGAGGGGGCCGAGCACUGCGUGUGGAACAAAUGCGACAAGGACCUCAGCGAGUCGCGGGGCAUUGGCAAGUUCCUGGACCUGUCCUUUUUCAAGAAGAUAGCCGGCAACCUGAAUCCGUUCGCCAGCAAGCAGCUCCGCAUGCAGUUCUACCUCUUCAAGAGGGAGUUCCCCGAGUGCGGCCGCGAACUGGACUUCUCGAGCGAGUCCCAAUGGAGGCACUCGGGCUUCAACGCCUCCCUGCCCACCCGCCUGAUGAUCCACGGCUGGAUGAGCCAGUCGCGCGGCUCCUUCAACCGGGAUGUGAAGGACGCCUAUCUGAAGAGGGGGGAGUACAACGUGAUCGUGGCCGACUGGAGCGCCAGCUCGGCCAACAUCAACUACUUCUCGGUGGUGGGGCUGAUAGAGACCUUCGGAGCCCAGCUGGCCCAGUUUGCCAGGAACCUCCAUCGCCAGCUGGGAGCCGACUUCGACAGCAUGUACUUCAUUGGGCACUCCCUGGGGGCCCAGAUUGCUGGUUCUGCGGGAAAGCGCCUGAAACCGGACCAGGUGAACACCAUUUUCGCCCUGGAUCCUGCGGGUCCCAAGUUCCGGCACCGCAGCCCCGAGUUCCGCAUCGAUCCCACCGACGCCAAGUUCGUGGAGUCCAUGCACACGAGCGUCAACUUCGGCUUCCGCCGGCCCACGGGCAGUGCCACCUUCUACCCGAACUACGGCGCCUACCAGCGCAGCUGCUACUACCUGGGCUGCUCCCACAUCCGCUCCUACCAGAUGUUCGCCGAGUCCAUCAACUCGCCGCUGGGAUUCUGGGGCACUCCGUGCACCCGGGACGACGGGCGGUGGCAGUGCGACCAGAGCCGGCGCCAGUCCGUCCAGAUGGCGGGCGAGCCGUCUGUCCACAAGCAGGGCAUAUUCUACGUGAAGACCUCCUCCAGCGACCCCUUCGCCCUCGGUAAGCAGUAGGGCUGGACGGAUGCGAGGGUAAAUUUACCGCAAUAUAGUAGUAGUUGUAAGCGCCAUUGAAUGUGAUUUAACUGUACAAAUACAUAUAUAGAUGUUUAUAGAAAUUCCGGAAUAAUCUUUAACCU